AUGGAUUUCGUCACGAACAAGACUUGCACUACGUCACCUCCUGCGACCUAUUCUGGUCGAAGACAAACCCAGAAGAGGACACUGGGAAGGAUUAGGCUUCAAGGUCCUCCGAAAGUUGCGGAAGGUUGGGCACCCGACGACCAAGAUCUUCCCAUUGACCCGCAGGUGGCGCUUCAGGAAGACAUAUACGAGAUAUGA